GUGACGUCGAUUGAGUCGGGGAUCUUUAAUCCUCUGCCGCAGCAGCACAGCCGGUAACCAGAGGAGGGGGCAGAACGGUCGGACAGGAAUGGACCGUACAGGCUAGGCUAGUGUACAAGGCCUAAAAAGCUCGGUCUUUAGUCAGAUGAUAAUAUCACCGAGUGAAACGGAGAUUAGACAUCGAGCGAGCCGACUAUUUGCACAGGCCAGACCCCCUCCUCUCAGCGCUGUAGUCUGCAGCCUUCUCACACACACUCUUUGAAUAGACCUCAUUUAGGAACGCUGGUUAAAUAUAUUCUCGUCGUCAUUUCUUGCCUUAUUUAAACGUCGAAUUUAGUAUUUUACAUCGGCGGACGGAUACUACGCCUCGUCCUACCGGUUUUCCUCCCUCUUUUCGCCUUUCAGCAGCGUCGCCUUGUCCCUGCUGUUUCUGUCAGCUGCUGCGCAUCAGUAAAACAUGCAGGAUGAGCCUGUGGGGGUGACAACCACACAGUUACCCCCGUCAACCACGGAAACGGACCGCAGCAGCAGCCCGGUCAGCAAACCCGGAAAGCAGCCGAACCAAACCGACAGGCACAACGACGGCCAGCUGAGCUCGUUCACGCCGGAUUAUAACCACGUAGAGCAGAAGAUAGCUUUCCCUGAUCAUUUCUGCCCGACGCAGUCUAUCUGUGACCUUCAGCACAGCAGAAAAAUACAUCAGCAGUUAGGUCAGCACACUGAGUUCAGCCCCACAGAGCCGACCCCACCCCAGGGACGUUUCAGUCACCUGCCGCAGAGGCAGCCCUUCUCCAAGACCAAACUCAGCGCCGCUGACCCCCGCGGCUCUCCAGUGGAAGAGGCUGAAGCUGAUGCCGCGUCGCCAUUGCCCACUUCCGUAAACCUAAACAAGAUCCAAAUGGACUCCCCUAUCGCCCACCAUAUAAAUAACGGCAAUGGCAGCAGCAGCAGCACCGGCAACAUGUUGUCCGGAGGUCUCGGCGCCGCGUUCCCGAACCUCCCCACCCAGGAGUUGCAGAGCGCCAGUGCGGGUUCGUCUUCACCUUCCCUCCCUGGGUUCGGCACCCCUUGGUCCGUUCAGACCAGCUCCUCUCCCCCGCCCGCACCCAACUCCAUCAACCCCAUCCACGCGAACGCCAUUAACCAUAUGCCCAACGCGGACUCUGACAACAGCUUCUACCCAGGUAUCCCCUCCUCCAUCAACCCGGCCUUCUUCCAGAGUUUUUCUCCGGUGUCAGCUAAUCCGUGCGCCGGGAUUAACGUGCAGGGCUUCAGCGGUCCUUUCUCACCCCAGAUAAACGUCCCUCAGCAGCCGCAAAGUCGCAGAUCCCCCGUUAGUCCCCAGAUGCAUCCCCAGCAGGGCGCCUUCCUGCAGCAGAGGAACAACUACAACCAACAUCAGCCCAUGGUGAAACCGUCUCCCUGGGGUAGUCACCAAGGCAAUGGCUGGGGCUCCGGGGGGAUGUCCUGGGGCCGGGACCACCGCAGAGGGAGCGGCAUGGGUGUACCUGGCUCAGUCAGUCACGUCUCACCCCUGAAGAAGCCCUUCUCAAGCAAUGUCAUCGCUCCUCCCAAGUUCCCACGCUCUGGCGGAUCACUGGGGCCUAAGUCCUGGAUAGAGGAGAACAUGUUUCGCACAGACAGCAACAGCAACACCUUGUUGCCCCUGCAGGAUCGCACCAGGAUGUACGACAGUCUGAACAUGCACUCCCUGGAGAGCUCUCUGAUUGACAUCAUGCGAGCUGAGCAGGAUCCGAUGAAAGGCCGUGUGGGAUGCCCUAACCCCGGGGCUGACGGCCUACUCAUGCUCAAUGCCAGGAGCUAUGGGAGGCGUCGAGGCCGCUCCUCUCUCUUCCCUAUUGAUGACAAUCUCCUUGAUGAUGGCCAUGGCAACCAGGGUGUCCCAGGAGUCCUUGGCUCUCCCAACUGUUACCCUCACCAAAACGGGGAACGCAUCGAGCGCUUCUCUCGUAAGGUGUUUGUGGGAGGUUUGCCUCCUGACAUAGACGAAGAUGAAAUAACCUCAAGCUUCCGCCGCUUUGGUCACCUUGUGGUGGACUGGCCACACAAAGCAGAGAGUAAAUCCUACUUUCCGCCUAAAGGCUAUGCAUUCCUGCUUUUCCAGGAAGAGAGCUCGGUGCAGGCUCUGAUUGAAGCCUGUAUGGAAGAGGAUGGGAAGCUUUACCUGUGUGUCUCCAGCCCCACCAUCAAGGACAAACCUGUGCAAAUUCGUCCUUGGAACCUGAGCGACAGCGAUUUUGUGAUGGAUGGAUCUCAGCCUCUUGAUCCCCGCAAGACCAUCUUUGUGGGCGGCGUCCCUCGUCCUCUGAGAGCAAUCGAGUUGGCCAUGAUUAUGGAUCGCCUCUAUGGUGGAGUGUGCUACGCAGGAAUUGAUACAGAUCCAGAGCUCAAGUACCCAAAGGGGGCAGGACGAGUGGCUUUCUCAAACCAACAGAGUUACAUCGCUGCCAUCAGCGCGAGAUUCGUCCAGCUGCAGCAUGCUGACAUUGAUAAGAGGGUGGAGGUGAAGCCCUACGUCCUGGAUGAUCAGCUCUGUGAUGAGUGCCAGGGUGCUCGUUGUGGAGGGAAAUUUGCUCCUUUUUUCUGUGCUAACGUCACCUGUCUUCAAUACUACUGCGAGUUCUGCUGGGCUAACAUCCACUCCCGUGCCGGACGGGAGUUUCACAAGCCUCUGGUUAAAGAAGGCGCCGACCGCCCUCGCCAGAUUCACUUCCGCUGGAAUUAGAGAUUGCGACCCCCAAUUUCAUGGUAACACAGUUAGGGGAAAGGGAAAUUAAACACUGGCUAACAGGAAAAAGAGCAUCGCUCAGCCUCUCCUGCUUCCUAAGCUAUCAGUAUAAUCAAGUACAUAACACUAUACAGUAUAUACUAUAUAUCUAUAUAUCUUUUGUAGCAGCCAAACACCACAAGCCUCAGUUUUUCACCAAAACCCCCCGCACAUCUCAGGCUCUGACAACUCUACAACUCUUUUGUGGUACUUUCAUCUUUUCUAAGAGGAGAUUUAAAAAACAAAAAAAGAGAUUGAUUUUUGUAGCUUUUUUUAUUAUCAUUAUUUUUGUAUGUGAGAUUUAACGUAGAUACGGGAAUGUUUUUGCAUGGGGGCAGCUUGUCUGUCUGUCUGCUGCUAGCCACCCCACGGUGCGUUCAGUGCACACUUGUUUCUGGGAAAACCUCGAUUCUAUAAUGUUGACGCCUGCCCCGGGUCAUUAACCAAAGGUAGAAAAAAUAUAGGAAGCUUAAAAUUGACACAUUUUCUGCCACAAAGCAAACCGUUGUUUUUUUUUUUUACUUUGCCAUGGGCUCUUUCUUCUUGUUAGAGAGUUUAUUGAAAUGUAAAAAAAAAAAAAAA